AUGUCAUAUAUAAGUUUUAAGGUAAUAGCAGAGACGAGAUAUUUAUAAAAUGUCAGAAUCUGUGGUAAUCAUCAAUUACUAGGAGAUUGGGAUCCAAAUCGUUCAUUAAUGUUAAGUACAACUAAUACUACUUAUCCUGAAUGGACACAUGAAAGUAAAAUUCAAAUAGAUCCAAGUAUGAUUAAUAUUUUAUUAUCAUAGCUGCUAGAUUAGAAUUUAAGUGUCUUAUAUAAGAUGGUGAUAAUUUCAUUUGGGAAGAGGUUCCAAAUCGUUUACAUAGAUGUGAUUUUAGAAGAAAUUUCUUGAUUAUCACUUUCAAUAAGGAAGAAAUGAAUGUCAGAACUUUUUAAAAAUAUGAAAUCUCUCAUGAAUUUGUAUAAGAAGACUUAAGUAAAAUGUAUAAAUUAAUACAUUAUAGUGAAUGUCUAAAGACUCAGUAGAUCUAGAGAUUACGAUCCAUUUAAUAAUGAUUUAGAUUCAGUAUUUGAACUACAUUUAUCUUAUAGUCUGACAACGAGAGUAUGCCUGAAUUGAUUAAACAAAUUACAGGAAUUACAUAGAUCUCUAUUCGUUAAUUAGAAAGUGAUUGGAGAGAUAUUAUUAGUGUAAUUAUAUACUAAAACUUUAAUAGACACAUUUUGAUUGUAAACAAAAGGAAAAGUCAAUAUCAAAAUUUCGUAAGAUUUCAGAAUAAUAUGGUUCUCCAGAUUUAGUAUUUGAUUACAAAAGAAAGAGAUCCUAAUCUUCAUCAUAAAUUUUCACUGAUUCUUUUGUUAUAUGUUUAAGUUUGAAGAUACCAAUUAAAAUAACUACUAUUGAUUAAUAAAUUCAAGUAAGAAACAAAAAAGGUAUUUAAUUUAAAUUGUAACAAUAAUAGACAUUCUUAAUAAAUAUAAAUUCACUUCAACUAAUGAUCCCUAUUAUUACAAUAUGUAUGAUCUAUUUAGUAACAGAUUAAGUUUAAAAGCUAUAUGGAUUGGUUGGAUGGGUAUUACAAUUUAAGAUGAAAUUGAAUUCAAUCUUAUCUAACAAUAUAUGUAUUUAUUUAUUAUUUAAUAUAGUUAUGAUUAAUAUAAGUGUUAUGGUAUUUAAUUAGAUGAAUCUAAAUUAUCUUGUUUUACUUAAUUUAUUUAACCAGUUUUUAGUAAUUUAAUACCAAAUUAAAGAUUUCAUUCAGAAGAUGAUUAUAUGACAAUAAAUCAAAUAUUUGCAAGAUUUGUAUAAGAUGCUAUGUUUUGUAAACUUUUUAAUAAUUAAUUCACUCAUUUACAUUCUAUUUUUAUAUUUGAUUACUAAUUAUUUAUGAUUCCUAUUUUUAUUAAGGAUGGUUUGAUAAAGAAGAAUGAAUAUAGACCACGUAUUUGUACAAUAAUGAGAAGAUCAUUUCCAAAUCCUAAACAUUUUAGAAUAUUUUCAUUUAGUUAGAUAAUGUUAUCAUCAUUAUUGAUGAGUGAUUUAAUAUCAUUUGUUGAAUUGAAAGAUUUAUAUAAUUUUACAUAUUGUAUUCCAUUUUAAUAUCAGAAAUUAACAUAGGUUUCAGGAAUGACUGCAUUUACAAUUGAAGUUUUAGGUAGAAAAAUUAUACUUGAUUAUGGAAAUGUUGGUUUAGAUGAUAAACAAUUAAGUAAUUUGAUUUCAACAGAAGAUUACAUAAAUGAAGAUUCAAUUAUACUUUUAGGUGUUGAUAGUAUUUCUAUUGAAAGUGGAUUGAAUCUUAAAUUUAAAAUUGUAGAAUAAUUAUAUUUAUUUGGACUAAAUUAAAUUUAAUUGAUACAAAUAUUAUAUAAAAAUAAUGAAGAUGAUUAUGAAAAUAAUUCAUCACUUUUAAAACUACUAGAAGAACUAAACAAUUUAGCUGAAUCCAUUAAUAAUAAAUAUUAGAAACAAUUAAUACUAUUAAUAUAAGAUUCUUCAUAAUAAGAUCGAAUCAGAUUAUAUCAUAUGGCAGAUGUGUUUAUCAAAACAACAUUAAGAGAUAUUAUUUCUUCAACUUAUUUAGAGUAUAUUUAUGUAAGACAAUCAUAAAAAUAAAGAGCAAAAAUUAUCUUUAGUCAAUGGUGUAAACCUAAAGUAGAUCAUAAGAAAAUUAAUCCUUUUAAUAUAGAAAUGUCUGUCUAAAUUAUUUCAGAUUAUAUUAAUAAUAAUUUACUAUCAUAUAUUAAUGUACCUAGUAGUAAUGAUUGGCUUCAUAGAUUAAAUGAUCAUUUAAACUAUUGUGAAGAUUAUUGGCUUGAUAAAUAAUUAUAUGAUUCAGCCAAAGAACUUACAGUAGGAUUAAAGGAUAGAUAAUUUUGUUCUAUUGAAACUACUAAAAUUAUCUCUAAAUUCAAUAAUAAUCAAUAAAAUGAUAAUUAAAGAGUAAUAAUAUUAGCUUAUACUGAAAGUUUCAAAUAAAAAAUAUAAAGAAUUGAUCAAUUAGUAUAAGCUUUAGAACAAUUAGCUGAAGAUGAUACUAAUACAUUAAUUCUUAUAUCAGAUCAAGAAUGUGAACUUCUAGAAUUAACAUUUGGUUCAAUCAAUAAUUUAUAUAUAAUUGCAUAAGAUGGAUUAUUUAUUAAGUAAAAUAAUUAAACUACAUUUUAAUAAAUUAUUGAUAAGGAUGAAAUGGUUGAAGCUAAAUUAUAAUAAUUAUCUCAUCAAGAACAUUUCAUUCUCUCUUCAAAAAAUCUUAUUUAUACUAUGUAAUUUAGAGAAAAGAUCUAAGAUUCAAAUGCAGCUGCUAACAUCCUUAUUUCUAAUCUAAUAAAAGAAUUAAGAUUAGAAUUAGAUGAAUUUAUAAUAACCUAAGAAAAUUACUCUAUUAAAAUUAAACAUUAAUAUUAAUAAAUUGAAGAACUGUUGAAGAUCAUUAUUAUGAAUGAAGUAGAUAAAAAAGGAUUAGUUUCUUUUGCAAAUAUAAUAUCAUUUGAUCGCUAAUGGCUAGAAAAAAUUAUUCAGAUUUUUUAAUUUUCUAAUAUGCCUUUAAAUAAAGUAAUAUAUCAUUUUUUAUAAUAUAGAAAUUUCAUUGUGUUUCCAUCUCAGAUUAAAUUGGAAAGAAUAGUAAUCUUGUAAUCGAAACUACUUAAGAAAUUAUAUUAUUGUUAAAUAGAUAUGCUGUCGAAAGCAAAGAUAAAAAAUGA